AUGGGUGAAGGGCUCAGUGUCCAUGAGUUGUUCUGCCGUGGAAGUUGUAGCGUUUGUGAUGUCAAUAUGCUCCCAGUGAUUCAUGCCGGGUCAUGCAGCGAUAAAAAUGAGGCUCAACACCUGCAAGGGUCGAAAGCCAUGGCGACUCAAUCUUAUGUUAAAGGGGAGGUUGUGGAAGUGUGGAGCAACUCCCUGAAAUCGUGGAUCUCUGAUGCUGUGGUUCUGGAGGCUCCGGACCGGGACUGCGUCAUAGAUGGGUACGCAAUUCCUGCAGGUGCCGUCAAGGUGACAUCUUCUGCUGGGACCAAAUGGAUCCUGCCAGACCAAGUUCCCUCUGCACUUCGGAAGGUCCAGGGUGGCGACGUCCCGCCCUCCGAGCCUCGCUUGCCACCUCUGCCAGAUGCCAAGCCGGCGGAAGCGGCUAAGCCGAAACCUGGCAUGUGCAAGAUGGGAUGCGGUCGCCCAGUGCAGCCCGGCCUCACAAGAGGCAUGAAGGCUUUUGACACCUGUUGCAAAAAGUGUGCACAGGGAAAGGGUGGUCACGACAGCAAUUGCGGAGGUAGCACAGCAAAGCCUCUUGCAAGGUCAAUCACCACUGAAAUCGACGACCCACAAACUUGGUUGCUCGACCUUCUGUCUUCUGCGGACAGUUUCAAUAAGUAUGCCAGCAAGAUUGUAGCCACUGUCUCCGGAGAUGCCGGCACACUCAGCGCAGCGCAAGCACAAGACGCAGUGUCGAAACACAUGCUGCGACCUAUUGGUACAACCCUCCCGGUGGAAAUGCGUGCCGCAGAGGAUUGGGUCAGCAGACAUGGCGAGGGCGGAGUGUUGGAUGUCCCAGCAUUUACGAAGCUGGCGCAUCAGAUUCUGCAGGAUCGAGUUCGAGCUUGGUUCCCUGAAAAGCUAGUGGCGAAGACCCACAGCUUCGUCCGCCAGAACCCUGCGCGUGUUGAAGCUGUUUACGAAGUCGGCAAGCUCCUGGGUGAAGGAAGCUUCGGAAAGGUUUACACGGUACAGCAUCGCAUUUCCGGUGAGUCCAGAGUGUGCAAAAAAAUCGCAAAGCUUAAGGGUAAAGAGGGUAUGAAAGUGGAAGAAAUUCUACAAGAGAUUGAGAGCAUGGCGACACUUGACCACCCGAAUGUCAUCAAAGUCUACGAGUAUUUUCAAGAUAGGGACAGCGUGUCUCAGAUUAUGGAACCCUGCUAUGGCGGAGAGCUACAAGAUCGGAUCAACGAAGUUUUCCAAAAAGGCAAACCUUGUUACGCAGAGGAGUUCGUGUGUGAUGUCAUGAAGCAAACGUUGCGAGCGCUGGCCUUCAUGCACAGCCACAACUUCAUGCACAAAGACCUCAAGCCACAGAAUAUCAUGCUUGUCAGCAAGGAUUCAGCUUCAAUCAAGGUUAUCGAUUUUGGUUUGGCUGAGCUAUUUGAGCCAGACCAGAAGCAUUCAGACGCUUUUGGCGGCACGCUUCUGUACAUGGCUCCAGAAGUUUUCAGACUCAAGUUGGAGUUCAAGUCGGAUAUUUGGAGUGCCGGAGUCAUUCACUACAACCUGAUGACAGGAGACUACCCAUUUAUGGCAGCAUGGCCGUUGCCGAAAGGUAAGACCAUGGAAUGGUGGCAGACAGAGCUCACGCGAUCAAUCUGUGAAGACAACUUCCGAGACAACAAGCACUUGAAGACAUGGACCCCGGAAAGCAGAGACCUGAUGCGCCAGAUGCUGGAUAAGACUGUGGCUUGCUUUGAUGUGAAGCAGGACUUGGUUCAGAUGCAGUCUAGCAGAGUCUAG